AUGGGAAGCCUUGCCAUUUGCCUGUUGAACUUGAACAUAAGGCAUUUUUGGGCAAUUAAGAAAUUGAAGAUUGAUUGGAUUAAUGCUGGCAAUAAUCGACUACUAGAGCUGAAUGAGAUGGAGAAAUUUAGAGCUCAAGCUUAUGAAAAUGCCAAAUUCAAAUUGAAGUCUCGUUGGUCUGGCCUAUUGGAGAUAGUGCAUGUUUACCAUUAUGGAGCAACAGAAGUCAAAGAUGGAAAGACUGGCUUUAAUUUCAAAGUCAAUGGCCAACGUUUGAAUCAUUAUUGGGGAUUUCCCAUACUUCGUGAUAAACAUUCCAUUGCUCCUCGACCUGCGUAG